GUUCUCCAUUUGAAGAGAGAAAUGAAAACCGGAAUUUGUUCUUGUGGGAAAUGAUUAGUUUUUUCGUCUCUCAUACUCGAGGUUGUCGCUGAUUUCUCAAACACGGUGUGGAGAUUUCUUGGAACGAUGGUAUACUUGUCAGUGUAUGCCAUUCUACCUAGUGUUUUGCUAUGGGUUGUGACCCCCUCUGUCGCAGACACAUGUAAAGGCUACACAGGAUACCCUGGUGUGCCAGGCAUCCCAGGAACUCCUGGUACUAAUGGAAAACAUGGACCAAGGGGAGAAAAAGGAGAUUCUGGUGAAGACACUCAGCCGGUAAAGGGAGCCAAGGGUGAAAUGGGUGAGCCUGGACGGCCUGGGAGACCGGGACCCAAGGGGGGUGAAGGGGCAGUUGGUUUACCAGGACAAAAGGGACCAAAAGGCUUAAAGGGAAUAUUUCACAUAAGCUCAGAUGUCAAACCCGUAUUUUUCUCUAAUAAAAGAGGUACUCCUGGCAGAACAACUGUGAUGCCAAAUAAAAUCCUUGAAUUUGAAGAUGUUGUCUCUUCUGAGAAGCCGGGUGAUAGAAUCAGUAAUGGUCUUUUCAGAGCCAAACAGUCAGGGAUUUAUUACUUUGUGUACCACGUGUCUGCAUCACAGACCGCUUGCCUGUGCAUUAAGCACCAGGAUAAAGAGGUGUUAAAAAUGUGUGAUUUUUCGAAUGGAGUGCUACUGUCCUCUGGGUCUGUAGUCCUGAACGUAAAAAAUGAUGAAACUGUGGGUGUGUACGUGUGCACUAAAUCAAGUCUGAUCAUGGGUAAAGAUGCUGAUAGUACAUUUACUGGCUUCCUACUUUUCCCAUCAUAAGUAUUCAGAAAAAAAUGAAACCGUUUAUGAGUCUUAUCUAAUUAAUUGACCUUAAGAGCUCAAUGAUUUCAAAUGAUUGUUUCUGCCUUAUUUUUCUUUGCUUUUUUUUAAGCAUUUUUCAGUAUCUUAACAAAGAACCUUUUUUUUUUUUAAAUCAUGAACAAAUGGAAUAGUUUUGCAAACAAAAGAAUGUAAUUACAUGGCUGACAAUUUGUUGUACACAAAAAUAAAGCUAAAAUAAAAAGAAAUAAAACCUUUAA